AUUCAGCGGGCGGAACGGUAACCGGUUGGGGCAGCGAGUAGGCGGGGCGGGAGUUAAUGUAGUGAAUAAGAAAAUGUUCUGUUGAUAAAAACAACCUGUUCUGGAAUAUUCGGAGGAUCAGGUGGACAGUUCUGGAGGUCGAUCCUUGUGUUUACUUUUCGGACGCACAGUGAUGCCGAAAUAUUAUGAGGAGAAGGAGGACGGCGGCAGAGCCUGCGUUGGGGUGAAGGAGGACCUGAGGACGUGCUUGUUGGAACAUGACUGUGUGCUUAAGGAAGGAAAGACACCAAAACAAUGCUUAAAAGAAGGACAUUGCAAGGCAUUACAGCAUACUUUCUUUGAAUGUAAAAGAUCAAUGCUGGAUAACAGAACUCGGUUCAGAGGAAGAAAAGGAUAUUAGCAAUUCAACUGCAAAAGAUGAAUGCUGCAGAGUUUAGCUAUGUUGAUGGUUUCAGAUGAUAAACUUUUCGAAUAAUGUAUAAACAAUAAUACGCUCAACUGAUUUAGAAAAAUCACUUUUACUCUUUGUUCUCUUUUGUAUGAGAUAUUAGUAAAGGUAUAAUUUUUGGAGUAUAUGAUUUUAUUCAUACAACUUGUCUGUUUUGAUCAUUUGUUUUCUGAAGUUGUUUUGUUAAAAUUUUGACACGUGAGAAAAUAAAAUGGUGCAGGAGUUUAAUGUAUCUUUGCCAUAAAUUUCAACAACUGUUAACUUCCUGUAUAAGACAUCACAACCUUUGUCUUACAGGGAGAGAUGUAAUUACUGAUGAGCUUUUAGAAAUCCGAAUGUGACAAUUUGAGGUAGCUUCUUGUAUGGCUUGCAAGACACAGCUAAUGGAUUUCACUCUGAUAUUCUAAUGAAAUAAAAACAAUUCUAGGUGAGUUGGGACAAUAAAUGAAUAUGCAUCACAACAUUGCGUAAAUACUGGUGUAUCAUUUUAUAAUUAGGACAAUUAAUUACAAUUAAACUAGUUCAACAAGA